UGAUAAAUUAAGUGUGAUCGCAUGCUAUUUCAGGCUAAAUUGCCAAAUCUCGAGAUCCAGCCGAACCCGCCCGCCCGCCUCGCCGCCGCCUCCCCCCUCCUCCCGCAAAACGCUGCCGUUUGCGGGCGGAGCCGAGGCCGCCCGCCCGCCCGCCCGCCGGAAUCCCCGCCGCGGAGGGCGCUGCGCUAUAAGAGGGGCGUCCAGGGUCGGAGGGCUCCGGUUGGUUGCCUAGGCGCUCGCCCGUCUGCGUCCCGCGCGCCCCCUCGACCGCGAGGCUCCGUCGCCGGCGAUGGCGUCGUCGUCCGGCGGCGAGUCUCCGGCGAAGCCCGUGCUCCUGCACGGCGACCUCGACCUCUGGAUCCUCGAGGCGCGCCUGCUGCCCAACAUGGACCUCUUCUCCGAGCAAGUCCGCCGGUGCUUCGCCGCCUGCCGCCCGCCCACCUCGUGCGGGCCCAAGCAGCCGCCCCCCGCCGCGCGCGGCGCCUCUGGUGGCGCCCGCCAGCACCACCGGAAGAUCAUCACCAGCGACCCCUACGUCACGCUGUCCGUGUCCGGCGCCGUCGUCGCGCGCACCGCCGUCAUUCCCAACUGCCAGGAGCCCGUCUGGGAGGAGCGCUUCGCCGUGCCGCUCGCGCACCGCGCCGCCGCGCUCGAGUUCCAGGUCAAGGACAACGACACCUUCGGCGCGCAGCUCAUCGGCACCGUCACCGUGCCGGCCGACCUCGUCGCCAGGGGCGAAGAGGUCGAGGAUUGGUACCCCGUCAUCGGCACCAACGGCAAGCCGUACAAGCCCGACACCGCGCUGCGCCUCCGCUUCCGCUUCCAGCACAUCGCUGAAAACCCGGCAUACCGGCACGGCAUCCCCGGGGACCCCGAGCACAGCGGCAUCAAGGACUCCUACUUCCCGCUCCGCCACGGGGGCCAAGUCACGCUGUACCAGGACGCGCACGUCAAGGAAGGGGAUUUGCCGGAGAUUGAGCUCGAGAACGGUAAGAUGUUCGAGCACAACGCGUGCUGGGAGGACAUCUGCCACGCCAUCCUAGAGGCGCACCACAUGAUAUACAUCGUCGGCUGGUCGGUGUACGACAAGGUGCGGCUCGUGCGCGAGCGGUCGCCAUCGCGGCCAUUGCCUGAGGGUGGCGACCUUACCCUGGGGGACCUGCUCAAGUUCAAGUCGCAGGAGGGCGUCAGAGUGUGCCUGCUCGUGUGGGAUGACAAAACUUCACAUGACAAGUUUUUCAUCAAGACGGGUGGAGUUAUGGCAACUCAUGAUGAAGAAACUCGGAAGUUUUUCAAGCAUUCCUCAGUCAUAUGUGUUCUUUCUCCUCGAUAUGCUAGCAAUAAGCUGAGCAUUUUCAAACAACAGGUUGUUGGAACUUUGUUUACACACCAUCAAAAAUGUGUGCUGGUUGAUACACAAGCAUGGGGAAACAAGCGGAAAGUUACAGCUUUCAUCGGGGGCCUAGAUCUUUGUGAUGGUCGCUAUGACACGCCGGAACACAGGCUUUUCAAAGAUCUUGACACAGUAUUCGAAAAUGAUUAUCAUAAUCCUACAUUUUCGGCAGGUGCAAAGGGACCUAGACAACCAUGGCAUGAUUUACAUUGCAGGAUUGAUGGUCCUGCUGCCUACGAUGUCUUGAAAAAUUUUGAACAGAGGUGGCGAAAGGCAACAAAAUGGCGUGACCGUUUUAGGAGUGUAUCCCAUUGGAAAGAUGAUGCUUUAAUUAAGCUGGAGCGUAUCUCAUGGAUACUAAGUCCUUCACGUAAUGUUCCAAAUGAUCAUCCUACUUUGUGGGUUUCAAAAGAAGAUGAUCCUGAAAAUUGGCAUGUUCAGGUAUUCCGGUCAAUUGACUCUGGUUCGCUAAAAGGAUUUCCUAGUGAUUCCAAAGAAGCUUCAAAGCUGAAUCUCGUGUGCCGCAAGAACCUGGUAAUUGAUAAGAGCAUUCACACUGCAUAUGUCCGGGCAAUCAGAUCUGCACAGCAUUUCAUUUAUAUCGAGAAUCAAUACUUUCUUGGUUCUUCAUAUGCUUGGCCAUCCUAUGUGAAUUCAGGUGCUGACAAUCUGAUACCAAUAGAAUUAGCCCUCAAAAUUGCAAGUAAGAUUAGAGCAGGAGAACGCUUUGCAGUGUACGUAGUGAUACCAAUGUGGCCUGAAGGAGUCCCUACUGCAGCAUCUGUGCAAGAAAUCCUUUUCUUCCAGGCCCAGACAAUGGAGAUGAUGUAUAAAAUAAUUGCAGAUGAACUUAAGGCAAUGGACAUUAAGGAUUUGCACCCUCAAGAUUACUUGAACUUCUUUUGUCUUGGAAAUCGGGAAGAACCAACAUCAAAUGGCAGCCUGGAGUCAGAGAAAUCUUCAGAUAAAAGUGCAGCGGCCUUAGCUACAAAAUAUCGGCGGUUCAUGAUCUAUGUUCAUGCAAAAGGGAUGAUUGUGGAUGAUGAAUACGUCAUUCUGGGUUCGGCAAACAUCAACCAGAGAUCCCUGGCAGGUUCUAGAGAUACUGAAAUUGCAAUGGGGGCAUACCAGCCUCAUUACGCAUGGUCUACAAAGAAUAGACAUCCUCAUGGCCAGGUAUAUGGAUACAGAACGUCUCUCUGGGCAGAGCACCUUGGAAUGGUUGAUGAUCGCUUCAAGGAUCCUACGAGUUUGGACUGUGUAAGGUUUGUGAAUCAAAUAGCUGAAGAGAACUGGCAAAGGUUUACAGCUGAAGAAAUGAGAACACUACAAGGGCACCUCCUCAAGUACCCAGUCAAGGUGGAGGAUGAUGGUAAGAUCGUCUCACUGCCAGACCAAGAAUGCUUUCCUGACGUUGGCGGCAAGAUUCUUGGAGCUCCAACUUCACUUCCUGAUUCGCUAACCAUGUAGCAUUACAUACAAACAAUUGACCUUUUCGGAGUUGAUGCUGGACCAUAUCUACCUGUGAACUUUGUGACUGUCUAAACUUGGCGGGAUUGUCGCAAAAUUUGUAUCAUACCUGUAAUCAUCCAUAGUUGGCGCAGGGAAAGCCCAAGUUGUUAAUGGUGUUUGUAGAGUUGUUCCUCUGCGAGUUCUCCCAGCGUCUGUAAAUGAACCCUAAUAGGAUCCUUGACGGUGAUUCCACUUCCAUUACGAUUGUACCACCCGUUUUGAACA